AUAUCGUUUGAGUCUUAUCUCUCGUGUUUUAGGCCAAUUUCACGCUAGGGUGUUCUUGUUUGUGAUAUUUCAGGUCCUAGUACGUGAAUGAAGGUUUUGGAACGAGUUCGGGGUCGAUUGGACGGAGAUCGGACAUUUGGCGAGAAGCUGAGGAAGUCACACAGCCAUGCCUAAAACCCACACGGCCGUGUAAGGGAACCCAUGUGGCCGUGUGGAAAUUCCAGGGAACUCACACGGGCAGCCUGGAAAUCCACACGGUCGUGUGGUUGUGGCCGUGUAGGAUGGCUGAAGUCCACUUAUCGAAACGCCGCGUUUUGCACAACUCAUACGGGUAGCUGGGAAAGCCACACGGCCGUGUGGCCUGCCCGUGUGGUCGGGAAUUUCUGGGUUUUAACCCAAAUUCGAGCCAAAGGAGAGGGGGUCGACUUUUUGGAGUAAAAACAGAGCCCUAGAGAGAGAAAAUGCGAAGAACACCCCCUAGGAGUGGUUUUGGAGCUCGAUUUCAUCAAUCAAGCUUGGAAAUCAUCCUUGGAGUGAAGAUCAUCAUCCCAGAGCAGAUUCUUCCCGUUGUUAUGAGUAUGACUGCUUUGUAUUCUGUUUCCCUCUCUCUCUCUAUGGAGUAGAACCUUCUCUCACUUGGGUAUGAAGAACCCUAGUUCCAUGUGUUAGGGAUCUUGAUUGUAAUGACUUGGGAUUGUUAUACUGUUUGGUUUUAAUCGAAUGAUGCAUGAUUCAUUGAAUCAAUUGAAGUCUGAUCAUCUUUUCUUGAUUUCUACUGCAACCUGAGAUAGAUAGAAUCUGAUUAGGUUGUUAGAGCUUCAUCAUUCGGUAGUGGUAGAUUGGUUAUACGAGAGUUAAUCAAUCUACUGCUUUGUACUGGAACCCAAUUCCAGUAGUGGAGUUAUGUGCUUAUUGCCUCAGCUUUCUAUCCCGGUGAAGACUAGUCGUCUGCCGGGUAGUUGGACUGAGAGGGCUUGGUCAGCUUAAGAGAUUCCAAGCUGCUGUCGGAUCUUCCGCAGUUUAAUCAACAGUAAAUCAACCCAGGGUAAUUACAACUGUGACCUAACUAAGGAGCUAGGGGGACUCAUUCCCGAGUGACUCUUCCUUUGCUUCAGAAAACCGAACCAUUUCCUGUUUUCUUACUGCUUUUAGUUAAAACCACAAUCAAUCGACUUAGUUGGCUAGAUAAUAGAUAUUCACGGAGUAGGCAGUAGAUCUAGACCCCGGGUUGAUAAUUAGAACUUGCCACUUUAUUGCAUUUCCGGACUGCGAUUACACUUGGUCGCAGUUUGAUGUUGUGUUUUAGCGGGUCAGGGAGUCUAGUUCAGAAUGCCUUGAUCGGUUGUUCUAGAGAAGGAUACGUCCCUCUAAGCAAUUGACUCAAGAGGGCCUUGUUCCUUUAGUCGAGACUCAAGGUCUAGUUAAGGAUUCUCCGCAUUGUGAAUGAAAGUGAAACAGGUUAGAGAUCAUCAAUCAUUAGUCUGGCCAGUGGCUAGGGGGAAUCAUACCUAAGUGAGUUCCCAACCUGUAAUUAGAUUAACUUUAACUGUAGUUUGUUAGAGUUGUUUUAGUUCUUCCAUCUUAAUCUGGUUUGCUAGAUAAUGAACAGACGCUGAGUAAUAGUAACUCUAGAGACCUGUGGAUUCGAUAUUUAUUACUUGAGCCACUAUACUGCAGUCCCUUUCAUUGGUUACACUUGGCCAUUGUUAGGAGUUGUGUCAUAGCGAGUCAAGUUUUUGGCGCCGUUGCCGGGGACUUUCUAGAUUAUUAGGAAAGGCAGAAGUUUGUUACUUUAGCAUUUUUCUUUUCUUUUCCACCCUUGCUUUUCACUUGGGUGUUUUUGUUUUUGUUGGUGCAGAUCUGAAUCAUGGAUCCUCAUGGCUUCUCCAACCAUUGGGGGUAUCCACCACCAUCCAAGUGGUGUUACCCCGAGACUCCCUGGAGCAUUCAAGGAGGAGAAGACUAUGGAUUUGGGUUCCAGUACCAACACCCUUACUACAGAGAACAAUCAGACCCCUGGGCAUAUCAAGAACAACCUCAUUACCAAGAAGACUUUCUCUCACGACCAGAAUUGCCAUUGGAGCUGGAGUUACCCAUGGUGGACUUCACGGGCCAUUCUGCAGAGCCAUGCUACACUCAACAGCCAGAUCCAAAAUAUGAAUUGAGGCUUCUCAUGGAGCAGUUUGCUCGAGACAGUGAGAGAUCAUGGUCCAGGAUGGAUCUUUGUACCCAGGCCUAUCGUGAAACAGAGGAGAUCCUCCUGAGCAUUAAGAAGAGCAUCGAUAAUCUUGAGCGAUCUUAUGCACAACCUGAUCCAGAUCACCCUUCUGCUACCAUACUAGAAGACGAGGAGGAAGAAGAAGGCUACAAGGACAUUGUGGAGCACACUGAAGUUGUCACGGAGAGCUCCCGUGAUGAUCAUGAUCAGGAAUGUACUAUCGUAGCCGACCACACCUUCCCACAUCCCACACUGAGCUUUGAAGAGGUGGGCAUGAGUGAGGAGAUGCAAGAAGAUCUCAUGAAAGAAAUUGCUUGGCAACUUGCUCUCCUAUCCGUGCUAGAAGAAGAAGAGCGAGAAAGGGUGCAUAAAGAAGUUCUGGAGGAUGAAGAAAGUGAAGCAGAAGGAGUUCUUGAUCAUUUCCCAGGGGUGAUACCACAUGAAGAAGGAAGGGAGGUUGAAGAAGCAAUUGGCGUCCAGGCCGAGGACGAAGUUGAGGUGGAAGAGGCUUGCACCGGCCAUGAGUUACAUGUGACAUCUCCACCAAACUUUGAGGAACUACUUAGCAAGGACCCAUUUGCAGUGUCUCUUUGCCAGACCACGGCCACAUCGACAUCGGUCCCUCUUGGUGGACGCGAUGGUGGUCGUUGUCAUAUCUGGUUUGGGGAAAUGAGACGAAAGAAGAGAAAAAGAGGUCUCGAGGGUGGAGACUUCAUCUGCAUCAAGUGCAUGAGCUUCCAUCACCUGUCAUACCACAUGCUCGUGACUUGAGACUCCACCUCAUUGACGAGAACCUCAACUUCAAGGAGGUUUUGGGGUGGACCGAAACUUAGGAGCCAUCGUCCGGCUCACGACGAGAAAGAAGCGCUUGUUGGGAGGCAACCCAACGAGUCGGUUUGCAUUUCUUUCUCUUUUUCUCCUCGGUUGAGUCAGUUUUGUUAUUUGAUUUUAGAGUCAAUAGCUCAACCUUUGUGAGAUUUUGUGUGGUGUUUGUGUUCCGACUACUCUCUCCUCCUGGAAUACACCGCCUGCCCCGUCCACCAUCAUUCACCCUUGAUCUGGUAACUUCGUUCUACCCUCCUUAUCUUUCCUCCAUUGAGGACAAUGUCGUGCUUAAGUGUGGGGGGAUGUUCGAUUAUGUAUGCGGGUGAAUGUUUGACUGUUUGUGUGAUGGGAGCCUAGUCCACUGUCCAAAUUUUUAAGUUUGAGCGCUCCAAGUACGUGUUUCCUUGCAAAUUGCCUGCUCAGUAUGCUUUGAAUUGACAGUCUCUAUAGUAAUGUGCAACCUAGGGAGGUAGUGUAGUACUAUGGAGGAUGUUGAAGUAUAAGAUUUUUCCUAUCUAGCUCUCUGCUGUGCCAGUUGAUUUUAUGAAUUAGUGGAGCUAAGACCGUUGAAUUCAUGUGGUAAUGGUGACUCUGAUUGGAUUGUGUUAUGGACUCGUGUAUCGAACAGGGUACUCAUGUGGGAAAUGAAAAGCAAUUGGUCCUCCAUGUCGAAAUCAUCAAAAUCUUAAACAUGGGGUAAGCCCAACGUGUGUGGCACCGUUCAUUGCACAAAAUCGGGUUUUGGAAGAGAUCUUAGUGAUCCUUAGUGGGGUACUCCUACAAGGUGAAGCUAAGUUGUCUCUAGUACAAGUACAAUUUUCACCCGUUGAACGGUUUGUCUACUUGAGGAUGCGUUUUUAAGGGCACGGAUAGGGCUUCCGACCCCCCUUAAUUUCAUUGACCCUCCACACGAGUUGAAGAAAAGGAGUUAAAAGAAGUACUCUGGCGAGCGCCUGAUGUACAUAAAUUGCUCUUGCUCAACUAAUAAGGGUCGACCGUGCAAAAGACUGUAGUUGGAACCCCCGCCAAGUGAAUGAAGAAAAAAAAAGAAAAAAAAAUGUAAAUGAAAGUGCAAAAAAAAGGGAGCUCCAACGGUGAAAUGAAGUGAAAGAGCACCC